AUGGAGCCGGCCCUCAGCAGCAUCCAGGUGCUCCUGCAGGCGGCCGAGUUCCUGGAGCGACGGGAGCGCGGCGCGGCCGCUGCCGCCGGCACCAGUGUCGCCCGCCCCGCGUCGUGCCUGGCCGAGGCCGAGCACGGCUACGCCUCGCUGUGCCCCGCGCGGCGCCUGCCGCGGCCCCGCAAGGCCGUGGGCAGCUUCAGGAGAGCCCAGCUCCGGCGCUGCCUGGAGCAACUGAAGCAGCAGGUGCCGGUGGGCACGGAGCAUGCCCGCUCCACCACGCUGAGCCUCCUGCACCAUGCACGGCUCCACAUCCAGAGGCUUGAGGAGCAGGAGCUGAGAGCUCGGAGGGUGAAGGACCGGCUGCGCUGUGAACAACAGAGCCUGCAGCAGAGGCUGGAGCAAUUGCUCUCACCCCCCGGCAGCGAGCGGACAAGGACGGACAGCCUGGACUCGUCCCGGCUCUCCGAGCACUCUGGCUCCGAAGGAGAGGAGGUAGAGAUCGAUGUGGAUGGAGCCAUGUUUGGUGGAGACUUACUGGCCAGCUUCAGCACCGGGAGGGACCACAGCUACUCCAGCUCCUGUGGGCCCUGGUCCUGACAGCACCUGGCACUAGCAGAGCCCUGCGGUUCCCCGGGGUUAUUGCAGAAACGCUCUGGAACUGCCUUUGCCUGCUCCACCUCCCGCCUCCCGGCCCACCGCAGGGCCUGCCUCUGCCGGAAACGCAGCCUCGUUGUGGCUGCCUGGAGAAGGGGCUGAGGAUGGGGAUGGGCACCUAGCUCCCACGGCUGGGCUUUUGAGCUGAAGCGGCUGCAGUGCUAGGCACCUGGGGCCAGGACCCCUCUGCACACAGCAAUGCAUUUCAAAAGGGGGGGGGGGGAACAGGCACCGGAAUACAGCCUGACUGUAACUGGGACAGUCCGCCCCUGCCCCAUCUGCUCCAAGGCAGGCCGGAGCCCAAGUCUGUCUGCAGCGGGUGCCGGACAGCCCUGCUGCCCCUCAAGAGCCCGGCAAGGGUAAAGAGUGCAUUAAGCAACUUGCCCUCAUGCUCCCAGAACUGCCUUGCCCCCUGCAACCUUGUAUAUACCCGACACUAUUCUAGUAAAUGCACUUGGCUAA